AUGGAAGACGAUGAAGAUGAUUUUUUUGCUUAUCAAACAGCAAAAUCAUUGAAUAAUAAACGAACACAAUUAAAACAAUUUUAUCAAACUUCAAUUACUUCGAAACAAUUAUCAAGUUCAAAUAGUUCAGAUUCUGAUAGUGAAAAUGAUUUAAUUUCAAUAACAAAAAACAAAAAAUCUAAACCAAUAUCAACAAUUAAUCAUAAAUCUAUUGAACCAAUUGUUAUUCAAUCUGAACCAAUAAAAACAAAAGAUUCAAUACGAAAUGAAAUUGAUGCUAUUGUUACAUCAUGUUUUACCACAACAGCAAAUAAAGAAGUUAAACGAAAAAUAAAAUUAGGAAAACGAACUGCAGCUGAUGAUCAACAAUAUGAAGAUGAAGAUGAAUAUUUAACACAUAUUAAUCAAAAUCGACGUGGUGGAUAUAUGAAUAGAGCAGUAAUUAAUGCAUUUAAUAAAAGUCAAUUAGAAGAAGAUGAUGAAAAAGUUACACGUGAAACAGCUGCUUAUAAUCGAUUAGAUGCUGUAUUACGUGUUACGAAACCUUUAUGUGAAAGACAAAUUGAUUCCAAUGAAGAAGAUGAUGAAGAUGAAGAAGUGGAUGAACAAAUUAAAACAGACUUAUUAAAUGAUUCAGAUAUAAUUAAUUCAGAUAAAAUUACAUUAAAAAUCGAUCAUUCUGAUGGACGUCAAUUAACAUUAUUAUUACCAUUGUCAACAACAUUAAAAACACUUUAUGAUCAAGUCGCUGAAGGUCUAUGUUUACCAUCAAUUUAUCUUGUAUAUAAUGAUAAAACAUUAAAAUUAGAUGAUCAAAAUCAAUCUCUGACACUUAAACAACUUGAUUUUUUAUCAAAUAAUGUUCAAUUACUUGAAUCUUAUCCAUUAAUACGUAAACUUAAAAUAUUUAUUCAAACAUCUACAUCAUCUUCAAAUCGUCGUUCAUCUUUAUCUAAACGUGAAUAUAGUAUGUUAGAUACAGAUCAUUUUGAAAUAAUAUUUAAUGCAUAUAAAAAUGAUAUGAAAUCAACAAAUAUUCGAUUUGAAUUUGACGGUGAUACACUUAAUCCACGUGCAACACCAAAUGAUUAUGAUAUGGUUGAUGGAGAAAUUCUUGAUGCAUUUAUAUCAUUACCUACAUCUACAAAUAAUAAUAAUAAUAGUAAUAAUAAUAAACAAAACGCUCAAUCAAAAACAAGAAAGACAAAAGAAAUUCUAUAUAAUGAUGAUUCAGAUAAUUAA